AAAUAAAAUAAAAUAAAAACCUCUCUGGGAGUGACUUUGCCCAAAACUAAUUUCUUGAAGAAAAAAGAGGGAGAAAUGGAGAAAGUGGUAUCGGAAGCAGAAGAGCUGCCGAAGGCUAUUGUGCGCAGGGUGGUGAAGGAUAAGCUCUCCGAUUGUUCCCCCGAUUACGACAUUAACGUUCACAAAGACGCCCUCCUCGCUUUCUCGGAAAGCGCUCGCAUCUUCAUCCACUACCUUUCCGCCACGGCAAAUGAUAUAUGCAAGGAAUCGAAGAGGCAAACAAUGAAUGCGGAGGAUAUAUUUAAAGCACUAGAAGAAAUUGAAUUCUCGGAAUUUGUUAAACCUCUUAAGGCUUCCCUUGCUGAGUUUAGGAUGAAAAAUGCUGGGAAAAAAGGUGAAGCAGCAAAGGAAAAAGAAAUGAAAAAGAAGAGAAAAGCAGAGGACUCAUCUGUGAAAAGUGGAACCAAAACCAAACAAAAGAAAGAGGAUAAUGAUAAUGAAGAAGAAGAUGAUGAAAAUGAAGAUGAAGAAGAUAACAAUGGAAGUGAGUAAACCAGAAUAAUAGUGUCGUGAUGGAGUUAAUCCCGGCCAUAUGUUCCAUAUAUGUCACAAAUAUUUUUCACUAACUUUUUGGGAUUUCUGUACCCAAUCUGACUUUAAUGUAUUUCAUGGUUGGAUAAUGGUUUUUUAUCCUAAACUCGUGGUCCAAUUCAUGGAUAGUUCCCCGUAUAGACGAAAAGUGGUGCAUGAAACUUGUGUUGCUAGCAUAGAACAAACAGGAACAAAUGCACUAGACGCUUUCGUGACAAUCAUUUCGUACAACAAAUUCCAGUCACAACGUAAACUAGACAGUUCUGUUUAUAACUGAAACAAUGAACAAUUUGAGGACACUGCGAGGGAAUGAUUAAAUACACUCUACAUCCACCGUAGAAAUAAUCUAAUAUAAGCAAUCAAUAAGGGUGAUACGUCGGCUAUCAUUGUUGU